AUGACCACCGCUACGUCCCCCAUCCUGUUGAAAUGGGACCCCAAGAGUCUGGAGAUCCGCACCCUGACUGUGGAGCGGCUGCUGGAGCCCCUGGUCACACAGGUGACCACCCUGGUGAACACCAGCAACAAAGGGCCCAGCAGUAAGAAGAAGGGGCGCUCCAAGAAGGCGCACGUGCUGGCCCUGUCCGUGGAGCAGGCCACGCAGAACUUCCUGGAGAAGGGCGAGCAGAUCGCUAAGAACAGCCACGAUCUCAAGGAGGAGCUCAUCCUCGCCGUGGAGGACGUCCGCAAGCAAGGUGACUCAAUGCGCGUGGCCUCCCAGGAGUUUGCUGACGACCCCUGCUCCUCAGUGAAGCGUGGCACCAUGGUGAGGGCUGCCCGCGCCCUGCUCUCCGCCGUCACCCGCCUGCUCAUCCUCGCCGACAUGGCCGACGUCAUGAGGCUGCUGGCCCACCUGAAAAUUGUGGAGGAGGCCUUGGAGGCAGUGAAAAAUGCCACCAACGAGCAGGACCUGGCCAACCGCUUCAAGGAGUUUGGCAAGGAGAUGGUGAAGCUCAACUAUGUGGCUGCCCGCAGACAGCAGGAGCUGAAAGACCCCCAAUGCCGGGACGAAAUGGCAGCAGCACGCGGCGCCCUGAAGAAGAACGCCACCAUGCUCUACACGGCCUCGCAGGCCUUCCUGCGCCACCCGGACGUGGCAGCCACGCGCGCCAACCGCGACUACGUCUUCAAGCAGGUGCAGGAGGCCAUCGGGGGCAUCAGCAGCGCCGCCCAGGCCACCUCGCCCGGCGACGAGAAGCACGGCCACGCUGGCAUCGGCGAGCUGGCCGCGGCCCUCAACGAGUUUGACAACAAGAUCAUCCUGGACCCGCUGACGUUCAGCGAGGCGCGUUUCCGCCCCUCCCUGGAGGAGCGCCUGGAGAGCAUCAUCAGCGGCGCCGCCCUCAUGGCCGACUCGUCCUGCACCCGCGACGACCGCCGCGAGCGCAUCGUGGCUGAGUGCAACGCUGUCCGGCAGGCCCUGCAAGACCUGCUGAGCGAGUACAUGAACAAUUGUCGACGUGGGCAAACGUGGGCAAUGGAUAGCAGCUCCAAAACUGGCAGGAAAGAGAAAGGAGACCCGCUGAACUCUGCCAUCGACAAGAUGACCAAGAAGACCAGGGAUCUGCGCAGACAGUUGAGGAAGGCGGUGAUGGACCACAUCUCAGACUCGUUCCUGGAGACCAACGUGCCGCUGCUGGUGCUCAUCGAGGCGGCCAAGAGUGGCAACGAGAAGGAGGUCAAGGAGUACGCGCAGGUGUUCCGCGAGCACGCCAACAAGCUGGUCGAGGUGGCUAACCUGGCCUGCUCCAUCUCCAACAACGAGGAGGGUGUGAAGCUGGUUCGCAUGGCUGCCACCCAGAUCGACAGCCUCUGCCCACAGGUGAUCAACGCGGCCCUCACCCUGGCUGCUCGGCCCCAGAGCAAGGUUGCCCAGGACAACAUGGACGUGUUCAAGGACCAAUGGGAGAAGCAGGUGCGCAUCCUCACUGAGGCCGUCGAUGAUAUCACUUCCGUGGAUGACUUCCUGUCCGUGUCAGAAAACCACAUUCUGGAGGACGUGAACAAGUGCGUGAUCGCCCUGCAGGAGGGUGACGUGGACACCCUGGACCGCACGGCGGGCGCCAUCAGGGGCCGGGCGGCCCGCGUCGUUCAUAUCAUCAACGCGGAGAUGGAGAACUACGAGCCAGGCGUUUACACCGAGCGCGUUCUGGAGUCUAUCAAGCUGCUGUCUGAGACCGUCAUGCCCCGUUUCGCUGAACAAGUGGAGGUGGCCAUCGAGGCACUGAGCACAAACCCCCCGCAGACCUUCGAGGAGAACGAGUUCAUCGACGCGUCCCGCCUGGUCUACGACGGUGUGCGUGACAUCCGGAAAGCCGUUCUUAUGAUCAGGACACCUGAGGAGCUGGAGGAUGACUCAGACUUUGAGCAGGAGGACUACGACGCCCGCAGCAGGACCAGCGUCCAGACGGAGGACGACCAGCUCAUCGCCGGACAGAGCGCCAGGGCCAUCAUGGCCCAGCUGCCUCAGGAGGAGAAGGCGAAGAUCGCCGAGCAGGUGGAGAGCUUCCGGCAGGAGAAGUGCAAGCUGGACGCCGAAGUGGCCAAGUGGGACGACAAUGGCAACGACAUCAUCGUCCUUGCCAAGCAGAUGUGCAUGAUCAUGAUGGAGAUGACAGACUUCACCAGAGGCAAAGGGCCCCUGAAGAACUCCUCUGAUGUCAUCAACGCCGCCAAGAAGAUUGCAGAGGCAGGCUCCAGGAUGGACAAACUGGCCCGCGCUGUCGCCGACCAGUGCCCUGACUCGGCCUGCAAGCAGGACCUGCUGGCCUACCUGCAGAGAAUCGCCCUGUACUGCCACCAGCUCAACAUCUGUAGCAAGGUCAAGGCCGAGGUCCAGAACCUGGGAGGAGAGCUCAUCGUCUCUGGGCUGGACAGCGCCACCUCCCUGAUCCAGGCGGCCAAGAACUUGAUGAACGCUGUGGUGCUCACAGUCAAGGCCAGCUACGUGGCAUCCACCAAGUACGCCAAGGUGUACGGCGCCGCAGCCGUCAACUCGCCUGUGGUCAGCUGGCGCAUGAAGGCGCCCGAGAAGAAGCCCUUGGUGAAGCGGGAGAAGCCCGAGGAGUGCCAGACCCGCGUUCGACGGGGCUCGCAGAAGAAGCACAUCUCGCCCGUCCAGGCCCUCAGCGAGUUCAAGGCCAUGGACUCCUUCUAA